AUUAAUGUAACCGAAAACGUUGUAUAUAGAUAUGUAUAUAUAAAAUAUCAAUGCGCGAACGUCAAUAAAAAUAAAUUAUUUCGCAUUCUAUAUCUGUUCCUAUGGUUACAGCGUCACAGAAAUCCAAAACCAAAGUUAAAGAGGACUAGAACCUUUACAUUAGUGUAUGGAUUGUCAUAGUGAAAUAAAAUGGAUAACUGUGAUUUGGAAAAACUUACAGUUUCUGCGGGAAUGUUACACCCCACUUUCUCACCACUUUUAACAAGCUAUAAAGUGAUUGUUCCCAGCAACAUUAGCAAAAUAACGUUGGAUCUACUAACAAGUGACAGUGGCGCAUCAUACAAAAUACUGUGUGGUAGUGGGUCCAUGGUGAUUGAACUGAAAGAUGGAGUGAACAAAGUUGACAUCGAAGUUAUCGCUGAGGACGGAACAGCUAAAAUAUACACUGUUGAGGUAACGAAACUGUCUGCCAGCGCUGCAGAGCUGAGUGGCCUCGAAUUUCCUGAAGGUUUACAGCUCCAGCCAGCAUUUGCUACCACCAUCUUCGAAUACUCGUGUACUGUUCCUUUCAACCUAAAUGCUUUAACUGUCCAGCCCAAAGUACCAGACAGCAACAUGAAGGUUUCUGUGAAUGAAGCAGAUCCCUCUGACUCUGUACCGCUAACAGUGGGGGACAGCCUGCUGGAAGUCAAAGUUUCUUCAGCAGAUGGCACCAGAUCCUGUAUUUACACAAUUCUAAUUACUCGAGAACAGAUUCCGUAUGUUAUCACUUUCAAUACUGUGAAAGACCAGAUGGAAUAUGAGUGUCCUGUCUCCUUAACAGCAUUUUACAGACCUGUCUCAAUUAGUGGCAGCGAUCCAAAGCACGCAUUUUCAGCUCCAUACAUCGAUGUCCUCACCCGGCGGUCAAAGGUGGACCCACUAGAUGAAAGUCCUCUAGGAGAGAGCUGGAAGGUGACGGAGUACGAAGUGGACAGGAGGAUGUCAGCUGCCUCUGUGAAGUGUUGCUUUGCUUAUCGAGGUUGUGAGAUUGUGCUAAAAUUAUCAGAGCUUGGCGAACAUGUAACACACUGCCCACAUAAGCCUCCAUCUGAGCUGGAUGUAAAGGAUGUUACGGACUCUGAAUGGUACAAAGCACAAUCUGCUUCUUCAGAUAGUCUUCAAAUUGAGACAAAACAUACUCUGCAGAUUCGAAGCUGGGAGAAGAGGCUGCAGAAGGCACUCAUGGAAGACGAUGUUGACAAACUUUGUCACCAUGCUGAAGAACACAUUAAAUUAUAUAAACAAAGGCUUCCUAAAUCAGGGGGCAUUACUCUGAAUGAAGAAGGAGAAUCCCCGCUGGAUGCUUUACACCAGGUCUUAGUGGACUAUGCCUCAGCCAUCAAGCUGAAACCAAGGGAUCCAAAUCUUCACUUCCAGCUGGGUCUGGCAUUUGAAGAGCAGUACUACGCUACUGAAAUCUAUGGGCUUAAGAGGAAGGUUGAAGACGAUCCACAGGACCUCAGUAGUGCCAAAGCCUCUGGAAGAGAGGAUGAAAUCCUGGCCAUCUGCAAACUGCAUGGCUUGCAUGGCAAGCCUACGCUGGAAAAUCAGCUCAAAGCUCUGGAUGCUGAAUUUCAUCAGCUGAAAGAACAGGGCCAGUCAGCUAGGGCUGACUACAUUCAGACCCUUUUUAUCUGGUUAUCAAAGAAGGCUGGAAAGGAUGGUAGGACUGGGGUCUCAGAUGAAGAAAGUCCACUCCACCAAGCUUUUUUGAAACACCUUGAUGCCUGGUCUUUAAAUCCCGAUAACUGGGAGUUGAAUCUGUAUGUAGGCAGAUUUUUACUGCUGCAGGGAAAAUGCAAAGAAGCACUGCAACACCUACAGACAGCUCUCAUUCUCCGUCCCUCUUGGGCACCAACAAGGUUUUACACAGGCCUAGCUCUGCUGCAGCAGGAAGGAGGGGCCGGUAGCCGAGUGCAAGAAGCUGUAAUGUAUCUCCAACAGGGUCUGGAGCAGCUUCUUAGUCAGCAGUGUAUCACUGAACAGUACACUCAGGAGAGAAAAAAUGGCCUAGACUCUGCUAACCUGUUCUCCACUGUGAACACACAGCUGUUGCGAGGCUGCCUCAGUCUGGGAACACUGCUCAAAACAGUUAAAUGCCCAGAGAAAACAAUGAACCCAGAGCAAGUCUUUCACAUCGUGGCCGAUCUGGCAGCCAGGAGCGUGAGCCGGUGUGUGUCCCGCGGCGCGGCGCUGCAGCAGCUGGAGUGGACAUUGCUUGAGGCACACUACUCCUUGGUGGAGACUCUUCUAGCCAAGCCCAGGGGCAAUGAGUCCUGGAUUGCCAAGAGGUGCCAGGGGCUAACUGCCUUGAUUAGACUCACUGCUAUCCCUCCCUGCAGAGAGCUUCUAGACAUGCAGAACAAGGUAUGCCAGUUAGGGGUUCUUGCCACACCCUGCAGCAGUCAUGCCCUGUACCUUCUUGGCCUGGCACAGCUUGCUCAGUAUGACAGUGACCCCGAUUCUGAGCAGGGCCAGCGUGCCAUCAGUGACGCACGCCUCAGUUUCCAAGCCAGUAUCAACCUUGAAAACAUGCCAGACUCUGGACCUCCCCCAGAAAAACUAGCAAGACAAAAGUGGUGGCAGGACUGGCGUGCCAGGGAGAAAGAGAAGGAGAAAACCACCCAGCAGUCUCUUACUGCUGCAGGGGCAGCGGGAUCUUCAAGCCCUAUGCCAGCUGGCAAAGGAGCUACAAGAGGGAAGGGAGUCACAGCCAGAGGAAGUGUUCCCACACCUGCGAAGGCUUCAGUCCCAAGUCGAGGAGGAGGAACCCCCUCACCAAGAGCUGUGCCCAUGUCCAAGACCACUGCACCUGGCUCAAGGUGGCAAGCUAGUGUUGUGACUCCCGAAAAGUUGAAUGGGGCAUCCAAACCCGCCACUAAAACAAGUUCUAAAUCACAGCUUGCUCCCAGAAGGUCCGACAAGCAAGAGUGUUGUCAGCCUCCUCAGAUAAAACCUGUUACUGCUGAAGGUAACAUUACUCAAGAGCUUGUGCCAGCAAGUCCUGCCAAUAGCCCAAUUUCGAUAAACCGAGGAUCACAUACUCAUCGCCUUGGUCUUGCACGUGCUCUGUCUCGGACCGAAGACACACAAGACCAGGCCUGCAAGCUCUAUGAGGAAGUCAUUACAAUGGCACCAGAGGUUCAUGAUGCCUAUAUCGAACUUGCUGACCUACUAAUAAAGACUGACCCUCUGGCUGCUGUAGACGUUUACUGCAAAUUUCCUCUAAAACCAGUCAAUGAACAGUCUUUUGAUGAUGCCUUCAUUACUGGAGAAAUUGUGCGCAUUCUCAUGAAACAAGAGCUAUAUGAACAUCCAAAUUUGGCCUCUACCUUCAUUGCAUAUGGAAAGGUCAUGGGACUAGGAUGCCUGGAAAAAUAUAUUAAUAUUCUUGAAGGAAAAUAUAAAACAAAGCUUUUGAAGACAAUUUAUGCUGGGAUUCACGACAAAUCAGUUGAAGACCAGGAUUUGCAGGAAUUCUUUCGAUUCAAGUGCUGGAUCUGAGAAAAUUGUUAAUUUUCAAGUGGAACUGCAGAAAUUACAUCAUUUAAUUUUCCUCCAUAGCAAUGUCAUGAUAAAUGCUUCAAUUGUUGGAAGAGUUCCGUGUCAAACAAGAUUAAAAAAAAACAAUUUGGGCACAUCUAUACAAAAACAUAUCUUGGCAAAAGCUUUAAACAAUGAAGAAACACAAACAAUUUGGAAAACAAAUUAUUUUAAAAAAAGAUUUUUAAUACAAAUUAAACUUAAAGGAAUACAAAUAAAUUAACUGAAUUCUAAAACCUGCAAUAUGUGUUUUAUGUAAUUCUUACUUAUAUUACACUGUAUGUGGAAUUUGUGUUUGUUCUCCUUGUAUGUUCCGCCAUGCUGGCUACACCAGCAAAGCAACUUAUUACAAACAAUUUCCAGCUAGAGCAAAGGCAAUAUAGUACAGACAUAAUACAUCAAGUUCAUUUGACAGUACUCACCUGCCUUCCAAUCACCUUUCAACUGUGUAGUUAACAUGCUAUAUUAUGCCUUUCUAAAGAGGCAGUAACACCAUAAGAAUCACAGAAAACAAAACCAGAAUAAAGAACUCAUCUUCAUCUUGUUUAACAUGGGUGUUUUUCUUCUCCAGAAUUAAUUUUCUAAGUCAACAUUAUAAUUUCUAAUUACUCUGUACUCCAGUAAUAAAAUUAAAUGUGCUUAAGGACA